AUGACCAAUGAAGAUAUUGUUGAUGGCUAUAAAUUCUUUCUUGGAAUUGAAGAUUUGCCAUCAUCAUACCUCAUUGCGGUUGCAAUUAGAGAUCCAGAUAAAUAUAAUCUUUUAGCUUGUAGACUUGCUCAA